AUGUUACGUGAAAACACACUCAUGGAGGAAUUGAUCAACUAUAUCAUUGCUCUUCAACUAGCUCAGGAAGCUGCUCCCGUAAGGACUUGGGAACUAGCGCAGGAAGCUGCUCCCGUAAGGACUUGGGAAGUUCUUGGUGAUGGGGAUUCAUCGAGUGGCACUGCCAAUGUAGGAGAGAAGUCAAAGUCAAAGGGUAAAGGAAUAAAAAUUGAAGAGAAGAAUGCAUCUCCAGACUUUGUUGACAGAGGGAAGAAACGUCAAAGACCCCGACAUAUGGGAGGCUCAAGUUCGAUGAUGGAAACCCUGAGGAUGCAAGAUGAGCCUGGACAUGAGGGAGGCUCAAGUUCGAUGAUGGAAACCCCGAGGAUGCAAGAUGAGCCCGGACAUGUGGGAGGCUCAAGUUCGAUGAUGGUAACCCCGAGGAUGAUGCAAUAUGAGCCCGGACAUGUGGGAGGCUCAAGUUCGAUGAUGGUAACCCCGAGGAUGAUGCAAGCUGAGCCCGGACAUGUGGGAGGCUCAAGUUCGAUGAUGCUAACCCCGAGGAUGCAAUAUGAGUCAAAACGGAGAGCAUCCGAGUUCCCCAGUGCAAUGCAGCCAAGUUUGUCGAGGCGAAGACCUUAUUUCUUCUACGCAAACCUGGGAGAGCUGUCUUUCGAAUGGUGGUGUAAGGUCUCUAAGUUCCUGUUUGAAAUUCAACCAGUGAAUGUGGAUACUAGUAUGUUCUCAGGGUUUCACAGGAAAGAAGUAUACGUGCAUGACCUCCCAACUGAAAACCGGUGCGGUAUACUCACACAGCCAAAAUUAAGUAUGUUUGAUGAAAAAAACCCUGACAAGUUAGAGUACCUCAUGGGGUAUCCGCCGUACCACACUGCUGGUGUAAAGUUGGCAGAAAGAUUAAAGUUGCUUGAUUAUUGCUUCCAAACCGAUACAUUGGGUUACCACAUCUCAGGGAUCAAGGCCCAGUUUCCUGAUGGGGUAAGACUUCUAUCACUCUUCAGUGGAGUCGGUGGUGCUGAAAUCGCCUUAAGCCGCUUGAGGAUUCAUCUGAGAUGUGUUACUUCGAGACAAACCGGACAGCUCGUGCAGAUUGAAGAUAUCGCUAGCGUAAGGACAAAGACGCUGGAGGAUUUGGUGGAGAGGUUUGGAGGUUUUGACCUGAUCAUCUGUCAAAACCCACCAGCACCAGCUGAUCUCUCUGAAGAAAGCUCGGAAACCAAAGCCUGUGCAUUUCAGUAUCUGCUGUUCCAAGAGUGCGUUCGCAUCAUAAGGCGUGUCAGAGAUGUGAUGGAGUUAUAA